GGUCUAUGCUUAGUGUUCUGACAACUCUUGGUGCUUUUGCUGCUUUAGCUUUUGUUACCCCACUUUGUUCUUGCUGUCUAAUGAGGGAAAUUCGAGAUGUCUCGAGGCAAAAUGCCUCCAAGGCACCAAGAGAGAAGAUGGUUUACGAAAAAUAAAUUAGUAAUUUACUUUGAGUGGCAUGAUUUUGUUCUACUUGAUCCUAGGAUCCGGAAUAAUGAAGCACCAUGCCUCAAAGGCAUGGUAGCAUCCUCUAUCUACUGAACCUUUAUUCAUCACCUACUAAAUUAUAUUUGACUAGUGCAUCGCACUUUUGUGUAAGCUUCUGUCAUAGGUGUGCUUAACAGCACGUUAUUGGCUGUGGUUUGUAUUUCUUGUCUUAAGUAACUCCAUUUUCUUCAACUGUUUAUUUUCUUGUGACAACUAGAUUCUUUUAAGUGGUCAGUUCUAAUGAUCAUGGUGUUGUUACAUGGUUUCUUGCAUGGUUCUACUCAUGCCUGACUACUCUUGUUGCUGCGUAUUAGCAUGAAACGGGUCUAUGCAAAAAUCUACUUCAAGAGUACGCUCAGAAGAUGAAUUUUGCAAUUCCGUUGUAUCAGUGCCAAAAAGAGGAAGCGCCAGACAGAAUGCCUUGUUUUUCAUGUACUGUGGAGAUUGGAGGCAUUCGAUACAUUGGAGCUGUAGCAAAAACAAAAAAGGAAGCUGAGAUUAAAGCUGCUAGAACUGCACUUUUGGCUCUCCAAUCAAGUAGAGAUAAAUCUGGGAGCUCUCAGUUAACAGUACUUCCAUGCAAAAAGAGAGCAGGGGAGCCUGUGAAUUCUACUGAGGAGGUUACAAAUGUUACAAAGGCAAAGAAAGCUCGAGUCAAAAAGUUGUCGAAGAAAAGAUUUAGAGGGAAGAAGGUGGAGCAGGACCAAGUUAAUAAUACAGGCAGUUCAGAUGCAUCUGUAGUUCAGGUAACAGAUUCUGGAGCUUUGGCUUCCAAACAGGCUACUUCAAAUUGUGAGCAAGAUCUUGACCUAAGUGAGGACAAAGUAGCAUCUCCAGAAGGUGUUUGUCCUCCUUUCAGUACUCAUAAAUCUCAAAACGAAAAUUCAAGAAAAGAAAAUUCCGGUAUAGGCAACCAUAAGACUCCUGAUGUGGGAACGUCUGCAAUAUCUUUUGCAGACACAACUGCCAUUGAUGAAGAGGUGAAUGGGGUAACAGUGGUUACAGAAGUGGCUUCUGUGGUAAGUAAUUCUCCCCUUGGUCGGAUAGAGGCUUGAAUUUUCACAGCUGCUUUCAAAGGAGAGCAUCCCAGCAGAUGUCGGAGAAUUGAGCAACACAGGGGGGCAUUUUGAGUGGGUUUUUGCUGCAAGGAAAAGAAAAUACAAAGACAUAAUUUUUAGGCAGAGAGUUUAUAAACAUGUUGAGAAUUUUACUUUAGAUAGGUCAUCACCAGUGCUGCCCAUGGUCUGUCCAAUGGUGGUAUUUGAGGUACAUAGUAUAUUUUAUUUUUGGUCCUCUCCGGGGCUAAUUUUCAGCAUUCUAUGUCUUUAUAUCUGGAGAGAGUGGGGAACUAAAUAUGAUUUAUAACCGCUGUUGUUUGUGUGAUGGAAUGUAUUGAAAAAUUAUAGUGGAUCUUAUUAAAAUCUUGCCUUGGAUGUUCUUUGU